AUGUGGGAGGCCAGGUGCUUCAGGGCCUGGUACCAGUUCGUGCAGAGAGGGGCCCAGUGCAGGAGACACGUGGUCCACCGAAGGGUGCGGGUCCUGAGGACGUGCCUGGGACGGUGGAUGGAGUUGAGGCAGCUCCAGGCCUCAGAUGUGGCAAAAGUGACUCAGUUGGCCCUCUACCGGCGGAAGGCGGGGAAUAAGGCCCUCAACAUCUUAGUCCCAGGAACUGCCACCGCUCAUUGCCUGGAGACAGUGGUCCAGGCCCAGGAACUACCCAAGGAGCCAGAUCGGUGCUCCCUGUGGGAAGCUUGCCAAAAGUUGGCUCUGCAACGGGCCCUGCUGCUCUGGAGGACGCGACUCUACCAGCACCAGCAAGCUGUCUCCUUUUUUCAGGGCAUGCAGAAGAGGGCUCUGCAGUACAUCCUGAAGCUGUGGCGCUUGAGGGUCUGGGGUCUAGACCCUCCCUCGAGCAGCAUGGAGACCAUGUUAGCCCUGGAGCCAUGGGGCAACAGGCCAGGAGGGGAGGCCUGGCUGGGCUGCAGAAGAUCAGGAGGGUCACUGGAAAAGGUGCGGAUCCAGCAGACUCAGGGCGCAGUGAGGUUGUCCUGGCGUACCCUCCAGAGGCGCUAUUUCCAGACCUGGUGCCAGCGCCUGAGGAACACAGGAGUGUCCCAGGACCAGCAUCAAGUCUUCCAGGACGACCUGAGAAAAGACCUGGGGGCCACACUUGCUGGCUCACAGGAGGCCUGCAGAGCAGGGCCCCCAGCACAGGAUCGCCGCUGUGUGGCCCAGGCCUCUGUCCUGGGCUGGAGAAGCUUUCUGCAACAGAGUGGAGCUGACAGGCCGCUGAGGAAGGCCCAGACCCAGCAGGCUUUUGUGGUUUGGGUUCUAGAGGUCUGGAUGCAGUUAGCAGCCCAGGCUCAUGUCCAACGAGCUGAUAUCACCCAAUGCUGGCAGAGGCUUCAGUGUCUCCUUAGGACCCACUGGGUUCAGGGACAGUCAACUCUGUUGAGACAGAGGCUAGAGCCACAGACCCAGGCACACGGCAUGGACUUCAGGCACUGGCUGAGGCUGGCCAGCAGAGGGCGCCUCCUGCAACUGAUGGACACCCCAAAUUUUUUGAUACAGACCCACAGCUGCUGGAUACCUGUUCUACCAAAUGUGUUGCCCAGCCUGGCAUGGCAGCACGGAAGAGGCAUACAGAGGACCCCAUCCUGUGCUCUGAGUGACAGAGAGAGACCCCUCUGCCCAACCUUCCAGUUCUGGCUGCCACUGCCUGCAUGGGCACAGCUCUCUACAGGACUAGGCCAGCUCUGCAGCUCUGAGACCAGGGCCCUCCGGGGCCAAGGCGAGGCUCCCCAAAGGAAUAGGUACCUACAGUGUUGGCAGUUCCAGGCUUCCCAGCAGGCCAGGUGUCUGGCAAGGGCAUGGCAGCGCUGGGUAGAUGUUCACUGGCUGGAGCAGCUGUCUCGGACCCUGCUCAGACAAUGGCACCUGGACCGGGCCUGGAGGACAUGGCGGAAAAAGGUCCUUCAGCUGCAGGUGGCCCGCCGGCUGCACCAGCAGGAAGACAUCUGGGUCCUUUCCCAGGCCUUUGAAAAGUGGUACCAGCACCUGGUAGCCAGGAGCCCACGAGAGGAACCAGCAGCACCUGUGCCCUGGAAACACUUGACAGCAGCCCAGAUGCAGCAGCUGUGGAAUAAACAGAGCCAAGCCUAGACCUCUGUGGGAAGGAACAGGCCCACAGCUGGAGGGGUCAGCUCCCAGAGCUGGGGGG